AGCCAGCGAUCUGUUGUCGAUCGUCGCGUCUGGAAGAAGCGCCGCCUACAGGAGCCGACUGUAAGCGUCACCGUCUCCGCCGAAUAACCUGAUAUACAAGUUCAGCGAGAAGUGUCGCCAUGAAGACGUCCUUCGUGAUAGUUCUUUUUCUGUGCUCCGCCGCGCUGACGGUGGCUACGGAUGAAGAGUCGGACAGCGCGGGGAGCUGGCGUCCGGAGCCGCAGCCAUGCGCCGAGGGCGAGACGUGGAAGGAGUGCGUGAGCGGUAGCUGCGCUGAAGCCACCUGCGAUCAACCGGUGGUGGGACCAGCGUGCACCGAAGACUGCAACUUCGGCUGCUACUGCGCUGAUGGUUUCUAUCGAGACCAGCACAAGGCCUGCGUCACCAGAGACAAAUGCGCUGAACACUAGCAAGCAAAAAUACAACAAAAGAAAGACGUUUGUGUAGUUUUGAGCAAAGCGUGACAUACUCUACCAGUGACGCCUAAUGUCAUCCAUGAAAAUUAUAGCUGCU